AUAGAGUAGCUGCCUGUUAAUAGCAGGAAAGAGUUAAGUGUCAAGCUGAGACACAUCUUACAUUGCUUAACAAGCACCCUGAAUAUAUUAUGCCACAUUAUAGUUGCCCACACUGUACUUGUAUAUUAUGGCCAGUGUACUUACAGUACAUCGUAUCUGGAAGUGGCUACAUUUUGAGUCAAGAAUUGUAGGUUGGAAACGAAUGAUUACGAGUGACAAAGUUUGUGAAAAAAAUUGUUUCCCCCAUCGAGGUGUCUUCAAUUUCAUCUUCAUUUUAAUUUAGUUAGUCUGGUCUAAGCUACUAAACGCACAGCCACAAACCUACUGUAUUAUUAUGUCACAUCCUAAAAUGGUAGCUGCUCAAGUGAAGUUGCACAGCAGGCUCCUUAUGCCUUUUUAAUGACUGCCUUAUGUUUUUUUAUACUUAAAAGUAAAGCCGCUCCUCCACAUUGAGAGGAGCCAGAUGAGGCGGCCCGGGUCUCUGUUUAGGAUGCCUCCUGGACGGCUCCCUGGUGAGGUGUUCUGGGCGCGUCCCACAGGGAGAAGACCCCGGGGACGACCCAGGACAGUGUGUAUAAUAAGCGCAGUCCCCUCCCAAAGUAUUGGAAAGGCAAGGUCAAUUCCUUUGUUUUGGUUGUAUACUGAAGACAUUUGGGUUUCAGAUCCAAAGCUGAAUAUGACACAAAAGUUCAGAACUCCAGCUUUUAUUUCAUGGUAUUUACAUCGAGAUGCGUUAAAAAAAAAAAAAAAAAAAAAAAAAAAAAACUCUGUACAGAGCACCUUUUGUUUGAAGCCACCCACUUUUGAAAUGAGCAAAAGUAUUGGAACGUGACUGAUGGGUGUUUCUCGUUGCUCAGGUGUUGUCUUUUAGAUUGAUUGCUUAAAUAAUAGCGAGUGCUUGUUUUAGGCUUUGGGUUUCACCUGUGAAAACUGCAUUUGCUGUUCAGCAAAAAUGAAGACCAGAGAGCUGUCUAUGGUAGAAAAGCAAACCAUUCAGAGCUAUUGCACAAACAUCGGGCAUAGCCAUUACAACAAAAGAAACUGUACUGAGCAACAGACAUCGAACAGGUUGGCCAAGGGUAUUAAUAGCAGUUGAUGACAGAAACAUUGUGAGAGGUGUGAAGAAACACACAAAGACAACAGUCAGUGACAUCACUGCCCACCUCCACAGGGCAGGGGUGAAGGUUUCACAAUCCACUGUUCAAAAAAAGACUUUGAGAGAAGAAAUAUACAGUGCGUACCACAAGAUGCAAACCACUCAUCAGCAAAAAAAAAAAUCAGAAGGUCAGAUUGGAUUUUGCAAACAAGUACAGAGAUGAGCCACAAAGGUUUUGCAACAAAGUUUUAUAGACUGAUGAGACCAAGAUUAACCUGUACCAAAGUGAUGGAAAGGCCAAAGAAUGGAGAAAGAAAGGAUCUGCUUAUGAUCCAAAACACACAACCUCUUCUGUGAAGCAUGGUGGAGGUAAUGUCAUGGCUUGGGCUUGCAUGGCUGCUUCUGGAACGGGCCCAUUAGUCUUUAUUGAUGAUGUAACACAUGAUGGUAGCAGCAAAAUGAAUUCUGAAGUGGACAAAACCAUUUCGGCAAUUUACAGAGACAUGCAUCCAAACUAAUCUGGAGAAGCUUAAUCAUGAAACAAGACAAUUAUCCAAAACACACUGCCAACACAACAAAGGACUUCAUCAGGGGGGAAAAGUGGAAGGUCUUAGACUGGCCAAGUCAAUGACCGGACCUUAACCCAAUAGAGCACAGGUGUCAAACUGGUGUGCCGGGGGCCCGAUCCGGCCCGCCACAUCAUUUUAUGUGACCCGCGAAAGCAAAUCAAAAUUGCUCCUUGUGUUCUGGUGUAAUACCAUUGAGAUAUUUGCAAGCAUUUUUUUGUUACCAAUCCCACUAUGAAAAGAAAUGUAAUAAUCGAGUUUUUAAUAGGCUGAUUUCAAAACUGGUUAUUCAUCAAUGUGUUGUGUAUACUGUAUGUAAUUACAGCAUAUGAUGUAAUAUUUUAUUUAUAUGGGUUCACAGUUGUAGCGACCCUCAGAGGCGUUCCUCCCAAUCCUCCCUACAUGAGCAUUGAAGUUCCCCAGCAGAACGAUGGAGUCCCCAGCGGGAGCGCUCUACAGCACCCUCUCCAAGGACUCCAAAAAGGAUGGAAUCUCCUGUCUCAACACCAGUCCCUCCCCCCCUUCAUAUCUUGGCUGCAGUAGGCAACAGUGAGAUUGCCUCGCCAUGUGAACAGAUAAUGGUGCGUACACGCUCAGUAGCAGUGAACACAUCUGAUGUGGCCCUUUCCACGGAACCUGAGUGCUUAGGACCCUGUGAACCUGGUACAAGUGUCAAUCUCGAAGGCAUUGUGUGGCAGGAAACUGAAGAUGGAAUGUUGGUGGUAAAUGUUACUUGGAGAAACAAGACUUACGUGGGCACACUUUUGGACUGCACACGGCAUGACUGGGCUCCACCUCGGUUUUGUGAAUCCCCUACAAGUGACCUGGAAAUGAGGAAUGGCCGUGGCCGAGGUAAACGAAUGAGACCAAAUAGCAACGCUCCUGUUAACGAGAACAGCAACUCGUCAGACAACAAAGGCGCCACCAACAACAAGACACGCGCUGCCACUAACAGUAAGGGCCGAAGAGGCAGCCAGACUCCAUCGGAGCGCCGCACUCCUCCCAACAGCAACACAGAGGAUAUUAAAGCAAGCCCCUCCUCAGCUGGAAAACGUAAGGCCAAACCUCCAUCAGACAUGGAGCCUAAUUCUAGCUCGGAGGACACCAAAGGCAACAAACGUAUCCGGACAAACUCUAACAGUGGAGGGGUUGGGCUAACAGGUCUUCUCAUUCCUUCUAUCAAGACUGAACCACUUCCACCACCCCUUGAUCGUAGCUGUCCCUCACCUGUUCUCAUUGAUUGCCCUCAUCCCAACUGCAACAAGAGAUAUAAGCACAUUAAUGGUCUCAAGUACCACCAAGCCCGUGCCCACACGGAUGAUGACGUGAAGCUAGAAUUAGAUAUUGACAGUGAAUAUGGAGAGGACUCAACACUUCACCCUGAACCUGAGAAUUGUAAUGGUGCAUCUAUCUCACAAAAAGGAUCCUUUUCUCCAGCACGGUCAGUCACACCGAAAGGAAGGAACUUUGAUGUUCAAAGUACUUCACCAUCACCCGGCAAGUUUUGCUCCAAGCAGAGCAAAAAGAAAAUUGCUGAAACAGAACCAGAAAUAAGUACACCCAUGGAAUGUUGUGAUGAAGGGGCAUGUCUUUCUGAUGAAGCCAGUAAUGAUGGCAUCGAUGAAAAAAGAGGUUCUGAAAAAUCCAAAAAAGCUAACACAAAGGCUGAUAAAAUGGCUCAAAAAUAUAUGAAGUCACCACGAACAGUUGUCACCGGACCUUCAGCAUCACAAUUGUACUCUUUCCCUUCAGGAAACCCAAAUUCUUCACCAGGGCUUACCCCAAUUUUGCAAGGAAUCCCCAAAAGUCCCCAAAUGAAAGGCACUCAGCCAAAAAACCCGGCCGUUGGAGAUCCUCCCUCAAGUAACUCCAAAGACAAGAAGAAGAAAGACAAGAAGAAAAAGGAUGGUGGAAAGGAGGCUGAGAGCCCCAAGUCAAUAGGAAAGGGAGGUAAACUGGAGGAGGGAAAACCAUCAUACACAGAAGUACCGGAACAAGGAAAUAAGGCUGAAGGGCUUCUUAAUGGAUCCUCAGACCCUCAUCAAAGUCGACUGGCAAGCAUCAAGGCUGAGGCUGACAAGAUAUACAGUUUUACAGAUAAUGCUCCUAGCCCAUCUAUUGGUGUAGCCAGUCGAAUAGACGGCAGUGGCAUGCCACAGCCUCUUACACCUCUUCACAUGAAUCAGAAUGGUGCUGACAAUUCGUCUGUAAAAACUCACAGCCCAGCAUACUCGGACAUAUCUGAUGCUGGUGAGGAUGGUGAAGCGAAACUAGAGAAUGUCAAAAACAGGACAGAGGACCAGGCACUCAGAGAAAGUGUCAAAAAAGCUCUUUUCCCACAUCCCGCACCCAGCAAAGAUUCUCCAUACUAUUCUGGCUAUGAGACCUAUUACUCACCCAAUUAUGUCAACCCCAGUCCUGGUGGACCAAACCCAGCUGCACCGGUGACAGAAGGUCAAGUGAAGAUCAAAAGGGAGGAUGACCAGGAUCAGGGGGAGGAGAAAGUCAAGGUUGAGGUUCAUGAGGAUCGCAAACCUGACAUUGCUCCUGGCCAGCAGCAGCAACAGCAGCCCUCUGUCAUUCAACAACGAUCCAACAUGUAUAUGCAACCACUUUACUACAAUCAGUAUGCCUAUGUACCCCCAUAUGCAUAUCAUUCAGAUCAGACGUACCAUAACCAUUUAAUGAAUACCAACCCUGCUUAUCGACAGCAGUUUGAGGAGCGUCAGCGACAAAUGGCAGAACAGCACCGUGCUGCUGAGAAAAAGUCUGACAUAGCCAUGAAAGAAAGAGAAGCUUUCAUGAAGGAGGACUGGAAACAAAAGAACCCAAUGCAGCCAAACCUUCCCAAAACCCUAAGUCAAUCUGAGUUUGGAAAGACGCCGCAGCCUACAAGUAAAUGCAGGGACUCACCCUCUGAGGUUUCAUCCAAAUCUAUGGGAAGCAUUAAGGCAGAGGACAUAAAGUCCCAGCAAGCUGAAGGGCUAAAGAUGAAGCUGACAGAAGGGGGGCACCAUGGGAAGGAGGACUCAAAGCAAGCACUUGAUUCAAGAGGUCAGGCUGGCACAGAGCAGGCAAUAUGGUACAGACAGUACCCGGACAGCCAAAAGGCUCAAGCGGAAAGUGAACACCAGCAACAACAACCUCGAUGGAAAGAUGAACGCGACAGAGAACGGGAACGUGAUAGGAAAUCAAAGGACGAAAGGUGCAGGCCUAAGGACUGUCAAAGCGGGCCGAAGGAGGACGGCAAAGAAAUUACUGACCCUAGAAUAAAUUCUGAGGAACAUCGGACCAUGAGCAAAGACACUCGUACGAAUGCCCACUUGCAGUUCUCAUCACCACUAGCACAGCACCAAGGAUACAUGCCAUAUAUACAUGGUUACCCCUAUGGACAAGGUUAUGACCCUAACCACCCUGGUUACAGGGGAAUGCCUUCGGUCAUGAUGCAGAACUACCCAGGUUCUUACCUUCCGGGAGGUUAUCCUUUUUCCCCCUACGGCAGUAAAAUAGCGGAAGAGGCCAACGACAAAUCCCGCACUAGCCCUACUGUCAACAAAAUGGCAACAGACUCCAAAGCUCUAGAUAUCCUACAUCAACACGCCAGCCAAUACAAAAGCAAAUCUCCGACUAUAGGAGACAAGCCACCCCUUGACAGAGAGCGAGAGCAGGACAGAGGAGCUGGUGGAGAUCGGGAAAGAGACGUAGAUCGGCCGCGCUCUUCACCCUCCCAGCGGCUCAUGCCCUCGCACCACCACCUGGGGUACCCCCUGCUCUCAGGGCAGUAUGACCUUUCCUACACUACAGGGAAACCUGACCGCCACACCUCAACCCUGCAAAGAUUCAUGUGACUGGCUCACAUGAGAGAGGAUUUCCCAGGUGUUCCUUUUUAGACAUCAGUUCAAUGGUGUUUCUGUCUGUUUAGUUGAUCUGCCCGGGUGUUGGCAGCUUGUUCACAUCUUUCUUCCCCAUAGAAAGAAUCUCAAAGCUUGGACUGAUCUAAUCCAGGUUCAAAGCCAUCACUCUACCCCUUCAUACAGAGGAAACACCUCCCCUCUGAUUAUCUAGUCUUUGCACUGUCAACAAAUACAAUGCAAAAAUUGGACUUUCUAAGUUUUUGUUUUGACUACAUUAUUUUUUUGUCAUAUAAAGAAGAAUCUACCCGAGGAUUCGGGGGGAGUUGGGUGACUGAUGACAAACGGGAGUCCAAUUAAAUUAAAGACUUGCAGAGAAAAGUGUAUUGAAAUGAGUACAACUUUAUGUUGCUGGCAUUUUGUAUGCUAUGAUGCAACAAUAUAUCCUAAACUUGACAUAUGUUUGGUUUUAUUUCAUUAGGGACAGGGGAAUAUGGCAACUGCUGCUUUCUUUUCAGAGACUUAAGAGCCUGAGACUGAAGUUUUCAUUCUCACUGUCACAAAUAUUUCCCACAUUUAAAAUCCUCAAUUGUUUCAGGGAUGAUGUCACCUUGUUUUUGCGAAGGGACAUCAUACACCUCAACAGAGAAUAGUAAACGUGACCAGUGUUUGCUUUUGUCAAACGACUCAACUUCAAUAGUGAUCGUCAUCUUUGAAUGUCUGAAUGCUGGUGUCAACGCUGCUUCGCCUCACAAUGAAACUGUCUUUUCACUCACUCCGAGAGCGAAGCCACAUUAGCCACGGUGACCCUGGUAAGUUUAUGGUCUGCUUUAAUAUCGACUUUCUGCGGAUAAAUGUUAAAAUGUGUCUCAGCACGUGUCCAGAUAAUUUCUGCAUGUGCUCAAUUCAUACCUGCAUAUCCUUGACUCAAGACGUCUGAAUUGCUAUCAAUAUUCCUUACCCUCAGAUAUUGACUUUUGGCUCAUUGUGUCCAUCUAUGGCUAAUAUGGCUUCACUCUUACACACAUUCAUCUCUUCAUUAGUUUUUGUUUCUUCAAGCGGCUGGCUUUCGAUCAGUCCAAGCAUGAUACCUUGUUUAGUUGCUAUCUGGGAUGUAAUAUCAACUUCUUGCACAUUAGAUUAAGAAAAGAAAAACCCACAGUGGUCACAGAAAUAACUUAAAUCUGAUUUUUAAAUUAAAAAAAAAAAAAAAUGUAAUUAAAGUUAACCAAUGAAA